AUGUGUGGUAGCCGAGGGUAUCUGGGGACGGGAUCUCUCACAGGUGAAGUGAGCCCUGAAACACUUCAAUUUUUUGAAGUUUAUGGUUUUUCAAAAGGGCGGUGGAAGGCGGAAGUGGGAGCGGAGUUGGGCGCCGCUUCUGUGGCCGCGGCAGUGGUGUCAGCAAAGCCCAAGGUGCAUAAUCGUCAACCUCGAAUUAACUCAUUUGUGGAGGUGGCAGUGGAUGGACUCCCCAGUGAGACUAAGAAGACGGGGAAGCGAAUUGGGAGCUCCGAGCUUCUCUGGAAUGAGAUCAUCAUUUUGAAUGUCACGGCCCAGAGUCAUUUAGAUUUGAAGGUCUGGAGCUGCCAUACUUUGAGAAAUGAACUGCUAGGCACCGCCUCUGUCAACCUCUCCAAUGUCCUGAAGAACAAUGGGGGCAAAAUGGAGAACACGCAGCUGACCCUGAACCUGCAGACGGAGAACAAAGGCGGCGUUGUGUCGGGCGGUGAGCUGACAAUUUUCCUGGACGGGCCAACUGUUGAUCUGGGAAGCGUGCCUAAUGGCAGCGCAGUGACAGACGGAUCUCAGCCACCUUCAAGAGAAUCCAGCGGGACAGCUGUUGCUCCAGAGAACCGACACCAGCCCCCCAGCACAAACUGCUUUGGUGGGAGAUCUCGGACGCACAGACAUUCAGGUGGCUCAGCCAGAACAACCACAGCAGCCGGUGAGCAAAGCCCCGGUACUAGCAACCGGCACCGCCAGCCCAUCAAGAACCCAACCCACAGCGGCUUGGCCAAUGGCACAGUGAAUGACGAGCCCACCGCAGCCACUGAUCCUGAAGAGCCCUCUGUUGUUGGGGUGACAUCGUCGCCUGCUGCGGUGUCGAGUGUGACCUCAAAUCCCACUGCAGUGUCUCUCCCCGUUCCGGCCACACCGGCAGAAGGAGAGGAGCCCAGCACCUCAGGCACCCAGCAGCUCCCGGCGGCUGCCCAGGCCCUCGAUGCUCUGCCUGCUGGCUGGGAAAAGCGCACAGACCCCCGAGGCAGGUUUUACUAUGUGGAUCACAACACUCGGACCACCACCUGGCAGCGCCCCACAGCCGAGUACGUGCGGAACUAUGAGCAGUGGCAGUCCCAGCGCAAUCAGCUCCAGGGCGCCAUGCAGCACUUCAGCCAAAGAUUCCUCUACCAGGUGUGGGGCAGAUCUCUGCUAGAGCAGGGAGCCGGCGGGCAAGCGUGCUGGGCAGGCAGUGCGUUCCUAAGUAAGCCAGCUCUGCCUGCCCCUGUGGUCUGCAGCUGUGGUGAGACACUGUCCCAAGGUCACAGUUGCUCUUGGGGAGAAAGGGUAGGUGGCAGUAGUUGGGCUUUGGUGUGGAGCAUCCAAGAGCCUGCCUCGGGCAGUGUCCUAAGAAGACCAAAGCCCUUGGCCAUGUCUCUUCUUCCUCAGGCUCUGUACCAUGGAAAGUUCAUUGACACAGGCUUCACCCUCCCUUUCUAUAAGCGGAUGCUCAACAAGAGACCAACCCUGAAGGACCUGGAAUCUAUCGACCCCGAAUUCUACAACUCUAUUGUCUGGAUCAAAGAGAACAACCUGGAAGAGUGUGGUCUAGAGCUGUACUUCAUCCAGGACAUGGAGAUCCUGGGCAAGGUGACAACCCACGAGCUCAAGGAAGGUGGUGAGAGCAUCCGAGUGACAGAGGAGAACAAGGACGAGUACAUCAUGCUGCUGACUGACUGGCGUUUCACCCGGGGUGUGGAAGAGCAGACCAAAGCCUUCCUGGAUGGCUUCAACGAGGUGGCCCCCCUGGAGUGGUUGCGCUACUUUGAUGAGAAAGAGCUGGAGCUAAUGCUUUGCGGCAUGCAAGAGAUAGACAUGAGCGACUGGCAGAAGAACACUAUUUACCGACACUACACCAAGAACAGCAAGCAGAUCCAGUGGUUCUGGCAGGUGGUGAAGGAGAUGGACAACGAGAAGAGGAUCCGACUGCUGCAGUUCGUCACUGGGACUUGCCGCCUGCCUGUUGGCGGAUUUGCGGAACUCAUCGGUAGCAAUGGACCACAGAAGUUUUGCAUCGACAAGGUUGGCAAGGAAACCUGGCUGCCCAGAAGUCACACGUGUUUCAACCGCCUGGAUCUCCCACCGUACAAGAGCUAUGAACAGCUGAAAGAGAAGCUGCUGUACGCCAUUGAGGAGACUGAAGGCUUCGGACAGGAGUAACUGAGGCUGCCCCCCCCCACACCCCCCAGCGCACAUGUAGUCAUGAGUUCUUCCUGCCCGAGAGGCCAGUGGCCACAGAGCUCCUGGGAACCACCCCCCCCUCCGCCCUCCAGGUGGUGGCCGUGCGUGGGACCACACUGUCAUCAGACUGGUAGCAGAGCCUGACCUCAAGAGGUCCUGCCUGUCCCUUCCUUUAUCCUACCCACUGGUGGCAGUCUGGAAUAAAGCCCCCAUGUCACCUUUGGCCCCGUCACCCAUUGCAAAGUCUGGAGGCCUGACCCUCUCUGUAAGCUCUUCCUCCUUUUCCCCUAAGACCGGCGCUAGGCAUGCAUGAGCGUGCAGGGAAGGGGGCCCUGUGCCGAAGAGCUGCAGCAGAAGCCCUGGUUCUCACGGGCUAGUCAGGCAAGAAGGACACUGGCCGCUCACUCGGGGUAGCUCUUCUGGGCUGAGAAGGCCCAGGGUCUUUGUCAGUUAGAGGUUCUGUUUUAAAUAGAACUAUUCCAGUGAUCUGUAUAAAAUGGAGGUCUGAGGGAGAGGAACUCUUCCCGCGCCCGGAGAGAGCUCUGGGUCAAGGCCCGCCGCUGCCUUUCCCAGCAGGACCCAGCCACUGAGGGUGAGCAGCGAGGCCCAUCUCUGCACUCGGUGCGGGACAAUUUGUUCUUUCCUGCGAAUAAAGGGUUGUACCAGCUGCUUGGGUGUGAGUGGGUUGGAAACAACAAACUUCCUCAGACUUUCUUUUCCCUUUUGUAUCAACUUGAAGCAUUUUGUGUGUAGGGUUACUUUGUGUUUUGAUGUCGGUAUGCCGCUGUCACUUUCUGUCAAGGAGCUGGUACACCGGGAGUCCCUGGGACCUGGAGGGACUGGCCCCGCUGGUCCAAGAAUUUCCCAAACAGCUGCUCCUUUUAGGAACCCCCUUGGCAGUUCUGUGAGCUCAGGCAGGCCUGACCCGGCGGCCCAGCUUCACAGCGGCCUAGUCCCCAAGCCUUGACAGGGAGGGAGGGGAGGGUGGUAUCCUGGGUGUCACUCAACCUUGCCACCUUUGGUAGAGAACUUCCUUUGCUAGAUGUAGUUAUUCAGGCUGCCCCAAGUGAUGGAGCAUGUGGGGGUGGAUGACCCUGUCAUUCCGUACCAGCCCCUGAGGCUACAGGCAAGUCCAUUAGUCUCCUGUUGAGAAUGCAGGGUGUCCCAGCCACCCUAGAGCAUGUUCAUCCUGCCUGGAAGUGAGGCUUUAUCUGCACAUGCCAAAUGAUGCUCUUGGAGACCAGCGGAAGGGCCUCAAGCUGCUGCACACGGUCUGACUCGGUUUCUGGAGCUCCCGCCAGCCUCCGACAUGUGUGGAGAUGUGCAAGGCGAACAUGCUCCUCUGGGAUGCUGGAGGGGUGGUGGUCGUGAGCUCCCUGGUCUAGGCCCCUGGGGCUCUCUCACUGAACACCAGCUGCAGACUAGCUUGAGCUUCCUAGGACCCCAGGCAGGCCCACUGACCAGUCACAGGGCCUUCUUAGGACCGGCUCACAUCCCCAGAUCCUUUCUUAUCCCCCACCACCUCCCCCCUCGCCGCCCAGGAGGGUCAGCCGUGUCUGCUCUGUUGCGUGUGCUGAUUUGAGUGUCUCAGCUCACCGGAGCUCAGCCUUUUUUCUUUCCUUGAGUCAUUUGCUGUGCUUCCCUGCAGUGUCCCUCUCUCCUGGGGGGGUUGGGGUGCAAGCUGCUGUGUGGGGUUUGGAAGCCUGAGACUCUUAGGUAUUCAGAGUGUGUUCAUGUGUGUGCGUGUGUGUACAUACAUGUAUAUAACUGAGGUGUUGUGUAGAAUGCCCUUCGGUAGCUCUGGGUUGGUCAACAGAUGGUUUUGUAAUGCCUUCCCCCUUGCCUUGGUAUUGCCAGUUUCUCGUGCAAUAAACAAAUCAGCAGCUGUG